AUGACGCCCGUAUUCAGUGCUUCCGAGACGGGACACGGCGAUAUUGUGAUGUCGCUUAUCGACCAGGGAGCCGACAUUCACCUUGCUCGCGAGGACGGUGUGACGCCGCUGUGGGUGGCCUGCUUCAAGAACCACCCCGAAGUGGUGCGACAUCUGCUGGAUAAGGGAGCGCAAGUGGAGGUCUGCGAAACGAACACGCUGCUCACACCGCUCUGUGUGGCCGCCAAGGCUGGGAGCUGGGAGAUAUGCUCCAUGCUCAUCGACGCCGGUGCUAAGGUCAACUACACCACCAAGUCGGGCCUGUCGCCGCUCUUCAUCACCUGCGCGCAGGGCCACUACGACGUGUGCGCGCUUCUGCUCAAGAACGGCGCCCAAGCCAAUCCCAAGGCCAAAGGCGCGGCCACGCCCCU